AUGAGAGAGUCAGAAUCUGUCACGAGUCUAUUGAGUGGUCAGGUCAGAGACUUUCAAUACACGCACACACGCCGACCGAAAGCACAGCCAUUACAGUUAAGAAUUCUAAGAAGAAAGAGAAAGAAAGAACGAAACGCUGAGCAAUACCAGAACUUGAGGCUAGAUGCCUCACCUGAGGGUCUCACUGCUUUUUUCCCCGAGGAUCGAGAACAUGCCGAUAUUAUCAAUGAGGAUAUCCCUGUCAUCGAAGAGCCGGCCGCUAUGCCCGUCGGCGACGGCCCUGCAUUGAACGAAAUGGUCACCAUAGCCCAGAAUAUACACUUUGGAGAGAAUCCUUGUGAUGCACCUGGGGAAGUAUGCUAUCGAAUGCUAGUUUCCGCAUCCCAUCUAGUGCUAGCUUCUCCGGUCUUUCAAGCAAUGGUUGAAGGUCCAUACGCGGAAAGCUCAACCGAUCACCGUGGGAACUAUCGAUUUGCUACUCAUGGAUGGAAUCAGGAAGCUCUUGUUAUCGUUCUUGAUAUUAUACAUGGACAUCACCGGAGCGUACCAAAAUUACUUGAUCUGGAGAUGCUCGCAAAAGUGGCUGUCAUCGUCGACUAUUAUAAGUGCCACGAAAUUGUCGAGGUUUUUGCUGAAAGAUGGUUGAAAUCACUUCAGAAGGGUCGUACAGACCAUUACGGCAAAGCCUCCAUGCUGUGGCUACUAAUAUCAUGGGUAUUUUCGUGUCCAGAGAUAUUCGAACGCAUGGCUGGGCUCGCGUUGAAACAUAGCACUAGGCUCAUCUUGGCAGAGAAUAUACCGGUUCCGGAAGAAAUUCUGGCACAGUGCAGACUGCUCUUACGAGUGUUCAUGCAUGUUACUGGGAAAUUUAACGAAGGAAUUGGGGGAAAAUGGUAUCCUCAAACCGCCGAUCGAAUCACCUUUCGAAGGUCAUAG